GUGAGUGCGCCCCUCGGUAGCCUGCCUCGCCGCCGCCGCCAGCAGCCCUGCCCGGGAACCCGGCGUGCAACCUCGGGGCGGCGCGGAUGGCCGGGGAGAUGAAGAUCUGAGCCUCAAAUAUUUGAAACGUGACCAUGUGGAGAAAACAGCUUUUAGCAAUCAGUUCGAUGUCUGUCCGCAGGUCAGGUUGCCCGGUAGGAAGCCAUGCUUGGAUAUUAAUAGCCAUGUUUCAACUAGCCAUGGAUUUCACCAUCUGUGAAUCUGUAGCCCAAGGCCAAGGGUUUAGGCUCCUGCAAAGGCCUUCUCACUGGCAUAGAUUGUCCCAUAGUCCUUUGUGGAGUUUUAAAAAUGGACAGCAACUGAGGAUUCCUGGCCCUUUUUGGAACCAUGUUUCUUCUCAUCCUGAACGAUCUCAUGGGCAAAUACAAACAUAUCAUUCAAAAAGGCCACACAAAGCCACAGACCAGUUAGCAGGCCUUCUUUAUAAAAGCAUGCAAUCCAAGCAUUCUGCUACUGCAAAAUCAGCCCCUUUUGUUGUAGAUGGGAGCAGCAGGAGUACAGACCAGCAGACUCAUUUGAAAAGAGGGAAAAGGCACCUCCGAGGAAGCAAUUUUGAUCACAGAGACAGCAGGCCCACCACGGUGCCUGAAGUAAUUGUAUGGGGCCCAACAGGGGAAGAGGACUCCAUAGAAACUAGUACGUUCCCUGGGAAUUAUGGCACCACCACAACUUCUGCUUUACAAACCAGAACGACUACUGUGGCAACCACCACCACCACCACCACUUCCACCACUGUACGGUCUAAGGGGUUCACAACAUCACCUGUGCCAGGGCUUAACACACACAAGAACAACCCUGGCAGGAUUAGCACAACGGAACCCUACACCAGCCACAAGAGCAAUGGAAAAGAAGCCCGUCCACCUAAGAUAAUGGGAGACACUACAGGUCUGGCAGUCCAUCAGAUCAUCACAAUCACAGUGUCCCUCAUCAUGGUCAUAGCUGCUCUGAUAACAACUCUUGUUUUAAAAAAUUGUUGUGUGCAAAGUGGAAAUACACGGCGGAACAGCCACCAACGCAAAAUCAAUCAGCAGGAGGAGAGUUGCCAGAACUUGACGGACUUCACUCCGGCCCGUGUGCCCAGUAACCUGGACAUAUUCACAGCCUACAAUGAAACACUACAGUGCUCCCAUGAGUGCGUCAGGACACCAAUGCCAGUGUAUACAGAAGAGAUGUUACACUCGCCCGGUGAUUAUAAAACAACGUUCAAUGGAAAUAGACCCUCUUCUUCUGAUCGGCAUCUAAUUCCUGUGGCCUUUGUGUCUGAGAAAUGGUUUGAAAUCUCCUGCUGACUGGCCGAAGUCUGUUUUACUUCCUGGGGGCAGGGCAGACGCCAUGUGUCUAUUUCCUGGAUUCCAUUGGUGAACCUGUAAAAAAAAUGGGUUACCUAUACCUACUAUUUCUGUUUACCAGUAGGAGACUCAAACAGCAGCACUCUAUGUGCCAAAUAUAUUUUUAUAAAAUGAACACACCUGUAGGAAACUGCAUUUUCAAAGCGCGCAUUUAUGGGAGAAGAGAAAAAAAUGUGCAAGCAAAGAAGCCUAUGAAGAAAGAGGAAGUUAAGACGAAAUAAAGGAAAAGGACUGAACAUCUGGAGUUUGGGAUAUGGACUCUGAUUCUGAACCUGUGCCAAUAAUACCAUUAUGUGCCAUGUACUGAUCUGAAAGACUUCACAAGAAGCUGGAGCUAAGUGAAUUACACAUAGAAAUAUUAGAGAAAACCGGGGUGGGGACUUCUGAUAGAGUCAGUAUUUCUGGUUAAUAUACAUAUAUACAUAUAGAUAUAAAUAUAUAUAUAUAUACACAAACACAC